AUGGAGAAUGCUAUUUCUAAAGUUUUAACAAAGAAUCAAAUUAAAUUAUUAACUGGCGAAUUCAAGAAAGUUCCAAAUUGGGAUAAUGAAACCAUAAAAAAGGCAUUAAGAUAUAAAUUUAUGUGUGGUCGUUCGGGAUAUGAAGAAAUAAGUCGCGAUUUGCCAUUACCUUCGUUAAGAACGCUACGCCGACGAUUGGAAAAUGUCAAAUUUACAAAUGGGAUAUUAGAAGAAAUUUUCGAUUUUCUCUAUAUUAAAGUGUCUGCUUUUCAAAAUAAUCUUGAUAAGCACUGUAUGUUAGUUCUAGAUGAAAUGUCUAUAACCUCUAGCAGAUCAUUUGAUAUUUCAACAAAUUCAUAUGUUGGUUCUGUAGAAUUAUGUAAGAAUAGCGAUACAAAAAAAUUUGCUUCUAAAGCACUAGUAUUUAUGCUAGCCGGUAUUGCCAGUAGAUGGAAGCAAGUCGUAGCUUAUUAUUUCACAGAUAAUAGUGUUGACGGUAAUAAUUUUAACUCAAUUAUUUGUGAUAUUAUUAAAAAAGCUGAAAAUAUAGGAUUACAGGUUCAAAGUGUCACGUCUGAUAUGGAAUCAGCAAAUAUGACAAUGUGGAAAUCAUUUGGAAUUAAUGUAUCAAGGCACAGUACAAUAAUCAAUUCCUGUCAACAUCCUAAUGACAAAAGUCGUAAACUCUUUUUCUUUCAUGAUUGUGCUCACGCCUUGAAAAAUAUAAAUCAAGGUUUCUUAAAAAAUGAAACAAUCACUAUACCUGAUGAAAUUGUUACCACGUUUGAUUUGCCAACUAAUAUAGCCAGAGCAAAAGAUUUAAACGAAUUCUGUACUUCUCAGAAUGAAAUAGAUUAUGGUUUAAGAGGAUGCUAA